GGGUUGUGGACGCGAAGCGGCCUCGACGGGCCGUCAUGCUCAUCCGCAACCGCAGUCCUUUAUUCCCACUCGUCUUCCUGGAAAAUGGAUGACCAGACCGAGCUCAUCAUCCGCCCUGAAUAUGUACUCGCAACUCCGUGCCCGCCUCGUUCGCAUCUUUCGCCGGCCGUGAUGCUCCUCUCGGGGCAUCCCGCCGCAAUCGCACGCCCCGAGCCGGCCCUAUCACGGCCCGCGGCGGAUACGUCUCUUCAGUCGUUGAUGCCACUGAUCACCAGAAUCGCAGGACAAAGCAGGGUCCUGCUCGGCGUCGUCGCGGCAGCGCAGCAGUGUUGAGAUGAGCGAGCAAAGGGUGCGGUGCGGGACGUCGUCCUCGAGGGGGGCGGAUGGUGAGGUGGCGGGCGUCCUAGUCGGCGAUGAUGCCGCGGCGGCGCAGACUGCCAGAUGGCAACGGAGCAGUAGUCGCAAGCUCUUCAUCGUCAUUGACCUCGUCGUCGGUAAUCUGUCUGCCUCUGUCUCCCAAUCUUUGAUCCGCACCACGACCACCACCAUCCGCCCUCCCCGCAUCAAAGUCAAGAGUGACCGUGACGGCGCGUGCGUACGAUCAAGGUUGACCUCGUCUCCGCCUCGUGCUUUCUACGAAGGCAUGUCUGCUGGACAGCUGCAUGCUUCGACCUAUCCCAACUUAUCCUACGCGCCUACCGCAUCCUUUGACAUGGCUCGCAGUCGAGUAACGCUCAGUAGCGCAGGGCCCGCCGCAGCAUCUGCCAGACCAAACGGCUUGCGGGUCCUCCCUCUUCGCCGCGCCGUCGACGCUGAGCAGACAUGGCACAGCCAUAGUCAUCAUGCCCACUCAUCGGGCCCGGCAUCCGACAGCGCCGACCUGCUACCCGUAGCCUCUUCCUUUCGGACAAAGCAGCGUCGUCAGCCAGUUGCCUGCGAGCCCUGUCGAGCAUCGAAGCGCAAAUGUUCUGGCGGCGUGCCCUGUGACUCGUGCUCUCGCCGCAGCAACAAGAAUAUCGUCUGUCGCUACGACUUUGGAGCAAAGAUGCGCAAUGCCGAUCGUGAAAGGGUCAAGCAGCUCAACAUGAAGUCCAACAGGGCGCCCGCGGUGGGACCGCUUCGAUCGGCUCGUCGUACGAAAAGGGCAAGUGAGAAGGAGGGCGAGAUGGACUGGAGCGCAAGGAUCACCCCUUUUCCUGCGGUCAUGACGGACGUAGUCAAUACAGAGACAGGCAAGCGCCCGCUCGCUGACGAUGACACGAUGGAUUUGUCACGCAGUCAGUCGGGAGGCCAUCGCUACACCACGAGGUCUUCCGUGCGUGCUAGCAUGACUGGCACGGCAGCGGCGGAUAGCGGGGUCACUGAAUUGCAGUUUUGUGGCGAAGAUGGUAGUGAGAUGCUGGCAGAGGGAGAUCAGGCGGUCUACGACAAGGCCGAGAGUACCAGCGAUACAACGUCCUGCAGCGAGGUGAGAGGCGCAGUGAGUCUCGUUUCCCGCAGUUACGGCACUGACCAGCUGUUCCGCAAUUCCAUAGUCAUCAAGCACCGACGAGAGCGAUUCGACCGGCGAGUCUGGCUUAGAUAUCCUAUGGGCGGCUAUGCAACAUGAAAGCCAAUCAACGUCUCCCGAGAUGCCACAGAAGACGACUCUGCCAUCGGUCAGUCCGAGAGAGGCGCGCGAUCGCAGCACCGACAUUGCUGACCGUCAGCCCAUCUCUGUUCACUCAGAUUGGCUCACUUGGCCUGCCUCAGCCAAUGCGCUUUGGCCACAAGCAAGGGCCUGUAGCGCCAAGCUCACCUGCCCACUACCACCUCAUCUCCUCAUCCUCUCAGGCUCUCUCAUCCUCGCAGUCCGGCUCUGACCGCUCGACAGUGUUUUCGAUGCCGGGUCCUCAUGAGCAGCGUUGCCA